AUGGCAACCAGUAUGGGCCCAAAUUUCUCUGGGCAUCCCGCCGGUAUGGGUCAUCCAGGUGUCGCCGGCCACCCUAUGGGCCCCGGCAUGCCUCACAACCCAGGCCAGCAAGGCGCUCCCAACGCCGGGAUGCCUCAUCAGUUUGGCGGACCCAUGGUCUCUGCUCCCGGAGCACAAGUAAACCCUGCCUUGAUGGGCGGUAUGCCGCCGGGUGCGAACCCAAAUGCUCAUGCUUUGCAGCACCUCAAUCCCGCGCAACAACAAAUGUUCCAGCAGCAGCAAUUACAGCACUUCGGUAACCCGCAAGCGAUCGCUGCGAUGCGACAACAGCAACUCCUCCAGCACCAGCAACAGGCCCGACACCUGAUGGCUCAACAAGCUUUCCAGGCCAACAUGGCGCAAGGAGGCAUGCCCAUGAACAUGGCCCAGAUGAACCUCAACCCCCAGCAACUUCACCAGCUGAGAGCUGCCCGGAUGGGUCCGGGACAGCAACACCCUCAAGCCCAGGCUAUCAUGGCUCAACAGCUUGCUCUACAGCAACAGCAACAUCAGCAGCAGCAGCAGCAAGCGGCUCAUGCUCAGCAACAGAUGCAGCAGGGUGGCCCUAACCCAAACCAGCAGAUGCAGAUGAAUGCUCAGAACAUGCAGACUAUGCAGCAGAAUCAGCUCGCUGCCGCUUCCCUCCAGAACCAGAUGGCGAACCAACAGGGCCAGCAGCCUCAAGGACAGCCUCAGCCACAGCCUCAAUCGCAACCACAACAACCUGGUCAGCAACCCCAGCAAACCCCUCAGCAAUCAUCUCAGGCCGGCACCCCAGCUCCCACUGGUCCCCAAACUCCAGCCCAAACACCCAACUCGACUCCAGCCCAGCCAAACCAGAUGCCGCCCGGUCAUAGCCAGCCGCAAGUUCCCCAGACACCCGCCCAAUCCCAGGCGCAGCCCCAGCCUCAACCACAGGCUCAGCCGCAACCCCAGCCGCAGGCUCCGACACCACAGCAGCAGCACCAAAUGAAUGCGGCGGCGCAACAGCUGGCGAUCCAGAAUUCGAUGAUGCAGCAGCAGCAGCGAAGGGAUAACAUGAAGGGUCAGUGCUUGUUGAAGCUUAUGCAGUUCAGCGAGCAUCUGAGCGGAUAUCCGGGCUCCAAGGGUCGAGAUGAUCUCUCUUACUGGAACGCAUUCGUCGCUCGAUUCUUCUCUCAAAACGGAGUCUUCCGACACUCGCUGCACAUCACGGACGCCGAGGACACAACCGACAAGCAAUACGAGAUUGCCUAUCCCGCCAUCGCACGAUACUUCCAUACUCACUUUGGCAGCGGCGUGAAGAACAUGCAAUUGAUUAUGGACAAGGGCGUAACAGAUCGACCUCUGCCUGGAGACUGCCACUGCAUAGAAAACUCCAAGGCUAGUCUGGUGUAUUGGUUCGAGACAGGAUCCCACCUGGUUGCGAGCGGAACACUUCGGGCACAGUUUGACGCUGAGCAGAAGAUCGAACUCUUCGAGUUCCUAACCACCAGCCACGAGGAAUACAUUUCGCGAAAGCAGGUCAUCGAUGCCGCGAAGCCCGCCCACAUGUGGAUGAAGGAAUGGCACAAGACUAACUCACAGGACGGCAAGUCGCCAGAACUAUCGAAGAAGGGCAAGGGCCGACAACUUAAGUCCCCUCAGACCCAGCCUCCCGAGGUUCUCGUAGAUCUCCCCGAGGCUGCAGUCAACAGCAAGGGUGUAACACAAGCGGUUUUCCAGUUUCUUGAGAUUGUUGAAGUGAUGGGACAGAUGAACCCAUUAUUCGGAUUCUUCCACUCGAAUCCCGGCCUCGGACCUUAUCAGGCUCUCGAACAGUACGUCGCGACACAAAUCAACGGAGUCCCUCCCACCAUGAACGGACAGCCGAUGCCCCCGGGGGCUCGUACGCCUAGCUUCGGACAAUUUCCCAUGGGUGCCAGCCCAGCCACGGCACACAUGAACCUCCCUGGAUCACCUCACAUUGGAAGCCCGGCGCCUGGUCACAUGCAGGCUCCUGGAAUGCAGAUGCAGCAAAGCCAACAGGGUACUGGUUCAAGCGGGCCUAGCGCAAACACGUCGCCAGCAUCGAAUAAGCGAAGAAGGCCCUCAGCAGUCAAGGAAGAGGACGGAUCUGGGGCUCCCACACCGGCCACGAACGGAAUGCCACGCAACGCGAAGCCUCCCACACCGCGUAUGACGAAGCGCCUCAAGGGCAACCCGCCGGCGUAGACACGUCGGACGAGGUGAACUUGUUUAUAAGCAGCAGGCGUCUGAGCAGGCGUGUUGCGGCUCCUUGUUUUUUUCUUAUGCAUCAUGUUGCAUGGCGGCGUCUUUGCGAGGUUGGUUUUGCUCUGGACUUGGCUCUUGGAAAAUCUUGUGGAUGUGGGAGAUUGGAAAGCAUAUGGUUCGGCGCAAUUGCUCGCCGUUGUCACGAUCCCUUACCCCUGGCCGUGUUUGUGGUUAUUGCAUGGUGGAUGCUCAGAAGGCUGCACGAGGCACAAUGGGCAUCCCGACGGUUGACGAUGCCACCAUAUUCGGAUUCUCGAGCGGGCAGGGUGGAUGGAUAGAGGCGAAAGGGGGAUCCCGGGCUUUAAUUUGGGUAACGGAGUUGCAGUUACUCGUGUACGACUACAGAGGCUCACGGCACGGGUUGGCGUCGGAAGCCCUGACUACUUUUGUGUUUGACCAGUAUUUUCUUUUCCUUGUUUUGAAAAAGACACCCAGCAAGCAAUCCGGUGUAUUGGGAUGGGGGGGAGUUUACAGAGACAAGAGGAUUGGAUCGGGCAUGCUGCUGUUAUGAAAGGGUGUGCUAUACCAAGUAUCAAAGACAAGAGAGAGAUCCAUGGAGAUGAAGAGGUUGGCUCAUGAGCAGUCUGGGGGGCGCGUGGAUAUCAAGGGUUUGUUCAGAUUAUACCUAGGCUAACUAUGGCGUUUGGUCUU